UUUCAGGUAAAGAUUUUAGACGCAGUGCUCUAGCCAAAGAUUCAGAGUGGAGUUCAGUGAAGUGCCGAAUUAAUUGGACUGGUUUCGUUUAUGAUAAUAGUUCAAGAUGCACCCUCAACAUUUCUGCAUGAUCGUGAUGGUGACGACAGCAGCGGCAGACUUCUACAGCGCGAAGUACGACGACUUUGAUAUCCAGCCACUGCUCGAGAACGACAGGAUCCUACAAGGAUACACGAAGUGCUUCCUGGAUCAGGGACCUUGUACGCCAGAUGCUAAGGAUUUCAAAAAAGUCAUACCAGAAGCAUUGGAAACGUCAUGCGGCAAAUGUACGCCGAAGCAAAAGAUUCUUAUCAAGAAGGUGAUCAGAGCGGUGAUGGAGAGGCACCCGGACUCGUGGAAGGAGUUAUAAGAUAAAUUCGAUAAGGACAAGAAGUUCAGGGACUCUUUCAACAAGUUCCUAGAGGAAAAAGACUAAAUAAUUCAUUCGUGUGUGAUUUUGCUCUAAUAAUAAUAAAAGGAACAGCGUGACACAGCGUCAAAAUGUAAUUUUAAACUUAUGGUAACAGACUAAUAGAGUGGUGAGUGAUUCGACUUAUUAAAACA